AUGGUUUCCACGGCCCUUGCCGCUGCGAGUGGUGCUGUCGUCUUUUUACUACUUGGCUUGUUGACAAUCUACUGCUGCUGGUGCUGUUGCUGCCAUCGUCAUCGCCACACUACGGAUGCUGCCCAUGACGAUCAAGAUGAACAACGUCAACCUUUACGAGCCCGUUACCUUCAAAGGACACCAACCUAUUACUUAUGGAACCGACCACCACCCUCACCAUCACCCUCUUCAGAUACCAACCAGUCUCAGGAAGAUUGGAACGAUAGACGCUCUGCUUUAUUGAAAAAGUACGCUCGUGUAGCUGACAAUGAGCAGGAAUAA